AGACGCUCGAAAAACGAGAGAAGAAGAGGUUGAGCGACAAGAAACGAUGGGAGGAAUUAAAUGAUGCAGCGAAGGAGGUGGUUCGAGCUAAUGCACGAGAAGCGACAGCAAGACGCAGGGCUGUUCGCGAUGCAGGCCUUCCAGCGAAUCCGAAACGCUCGCCACGAUAUUCUCCGCAACCGGACCCUGCCUCUUCAUCAACUUCUUCCACGCCAUCAUCCACAUCAUCCUCGCCGCAGCCAUCGUCGUCGUCAUCCACUCCACUGAGUCU